UUGGGGUAGCAGAUUCACCUCACAUUCAUAGAUAGAUACGUACCCUUUACUAAUUCUGGAUAUGAUAAGAAAUUCGGCAUCAAUCAAAUGACAAUUGACAUCGUGAAUGAAACCUACGUGAAUACCAGACAUUAGGUUAGUUAUUUUGUGAAAUAGAUUUUGAUAGACCGAUCUAAAUAUUCGGUCAUCAAAUAAUUCAGUUGUUGUAGCUUAUAAAUGGGGUUGAAACCAAUGUCCAUGUUUCAGUAUCACUGCACCUACCCUUAACAAUAAAAAUUCCAAAUUGAAGUGUGCGAGCGGAACGAACGAGGUCCGAGCUACGGCCGAGGUGAAUCGAUAACCAACGAUGUGGAAUUUAUAAAAAUGUCCGGCGGGCGGCGGCCGCGGAGAGCGUCUGCGCUCUUGCUUUUUCACGUGUUUCUCGGUGAGCUCUGUUCUCACGCGCGGCAUCGAGGCGCGUGCGAGCGAGACAGGCGCCGUGGCUUGCUUCCCGGUGCGCGCGUGUGUCUGCCGCUGUGCACGCAGACAUGUUUGCUCGAUGCCCUCGUUGCGGUGUGACGUCUACUCGAUUGAGAUAUUUAUAACGCCGACAUUUGCAGUUUUACUACAAAUUUUAUGAAGUUAGUGUUUUCAAAUAUGUUAUGGACAUCGUUUGUUAGUAAAAAGGUAAAUUGGAAUAUUUAGGUAGUAGUAGUAGAAGGGUUCGAGUUUGGUUCGUUGAAGUAUUCGGUUAGCAAUGUCAGCCGGCAGCGGCAAGCGGAAGAAGGCGACGUACAGCGGGGGCGAGGAGAGCGGCGCGGGCGAGGUGGGCCGGCUGGUGGACUGCAGCCAGGCCGACGACCGGCGCAUGAUCCGGCUGGUGCGCGAGCGGCCGCUGCUGUACGCGCGCAACAACAUGCCCGUCGCCAGCUACUACGCGCACGUCAAGAAGCUGUGGCAGCAGGUCGCCGACCUCAUGGGCUGGACCGUGCCGGAGGUGCGGCGCAAGUGGUCGCACAUCCGCAACUCGUACUCGCGCCACCUGCGCAACGAGAUGUACGGCGUGCGCACCGGCCGCGGCCGCAUCGUCUCCAAGUGGUACCUGGCCGACGAGCUGGACUUCCUGCGCGAGCACAUGGCCACGGACACGAGGCCGGCAUCGCGCUACUCGUUCCCGCUGUUCGAGGCGGAGGCGGCGCCGGAGCUGCCGGCGCUGCUGUCCAGCCCGUGGCUGGCGCUGGCGGGCGCGCCGCACGCCGCGCCGCCGCCGCGCUCGGGGGAGCCGCAGCUGCGUCCGGACGACUCCUCCAGCCCGCACUCCUUCGACCCCGACGAGAACUCUGCCUACUUCCAUUUCUUUCGUGGAAUCCACAACGACUAUCAGGAGUUGCCCGCUAAGAAGCAGAGGUUGUUCCGGCGCGAAUGCCUCGCCUUCCUGCACCGGCUGCUGGACGAGGAGGAGCCUCCCGGCCAGCAGGAGUCGCCGGGCUCCGACGACGAGCGGGAGUGCAAGCCGUGCAUCGUGGACCACUCGGUGCGCAGCGUGUCCGCCGAGCCGGAGCCCGACCCCGACGCUCGCUGAGCGACUGCUCCUCUCGCUAACCUAGUCUAAUUGAUAAUCUUAAUAUAGAAUAGUACGUCAUGGUCUAUAAUAUGUAGAUUGAUGUUUGUUCGCGACACGAAUUAACAAAAUAUUGAAUACAUCUAUGUAUGAACAUGCUGCUGGAAGCUUGACCAUUGGUCGGUUAUAGCUGGAUGAUAUCACUUAUUUUCCCUAA